AAAGACCUUGUCGUUCUCACUCUUUGGUUCGCGAUUUUGACGUGACGCGACAUAUUUACGAUAAAUCCAAAAUCUUUUUUGUGUUUUUAAUUAACAUAUUUUUACCAUGGAAGACGGUAAAGAUUUGGAACCUCUAGAGCCUUCUUUGCGCAAUAUAAUAGAUCAAAAAUCAUUGCGAUGGAUAUUUGUCGGCGGAAAAGGAGGCGUAGGAAAAACGACGUGCAGUUGUAGUUUAGCCGUUCAGUUGUCCAAGGUUCGAGAGUCUGUGCUAAUUAUUUCCACUGACCCGGCUCACAACAUUUCAGAUGCAUUUGAUCAAAAAUUUUCAAAGGUACCAACUAAAGUGAAAGGAUUUGACAAUUUAUUUGCAAUGGAAAUUGACCCCAAUGUGGGAUUAACUGAAUUACCAGAAGAGUACUUUGAAGGUGAAACUGAGGCAAUGAAGCUAGGUAAAGGUGUAAUGCAAGAGAUAGUAGGAGCAUUCCCUGGUAUAGAUGAAGCUAUGAGUUAUGCUGAGGUUAUGAAGCUAGUGAAGGGAAUGAACUUCAGCGCGGUUGUAUUUGAUACUGCACCUACAGGACACACCCUGCGUCUCCUCUCCUUCCCACAGGUUGUAGAAAAAGGUCUCGGCAAAUUGAUGCGACUGAAGUCUAAGGUGGCUCCUUUUAUGAACCAGGCUGCAACAUUAUUUGGUCUUGCAGAAUUAAAUGCAGACAUGUUCAGCAACAAAAUGGAUGAAAUGUUGUCUAUAAUACGACAAGUAAAUGCUCAGUUCAAGGAUCCCAACCAGACAACUUUUGUAUGUGUUUGUAUUGCAGAAUUUUUGUCACUGUAUGAAACUGAACGUUUGGUGCAAGAACUUACCCGUUGUGGUAUAGACACACAUAAUAUUAUCGUAAAUCAGUUACUACUUAGAACGUCGGCUCCUUGUGAACUAUGCGCAGCUAGGCAUAAAGUACAGGAGAAAUAUUUAGAGCAAAUUACUGAUUUAUAUGAAGAUUUUCAUGUAACAAAACUACCGUUACUUGAUAAGGAAGUUAGAGGUGCAGCAGCUGUUAAUUCUUUCUCAGAAUAUUUGCUUAAACCAUAUGUGCCCCCAAAGGCACUUUAAAAAUUGUCACAAAGCUUUAGCUACCAUAAACUGCAAUUCAAUAUUUGUGGUAUACAUCGUCAAUAUAUUUACAUAAUCAUUGAUGCUAGUGUACAUAAUACAGAAAAAAGUAUUUUAUAUAUUCAAGUGGCUUAUCAUAUAACAAAUAUUUCCUGAAUGAAAGGUCAAAUGUCAUAUCCUUCAGAGGUCCUAGCACUAUAUUCGUGAGAGCGUUCUCGUAACAUAAGUGACAAAAGUUGUAUCAAAUUUGUGCAUCGCCCUUUUUUAUAUUGAAUAAAGUAGUGCUUGACCACAAACCCACUUCAUAGUAAAUAGCUAUGUGAUA